UGACUAUACAGCCAACCCAUUAUUUAUUUAUGACAUUUGUGAUGUGCGGGUGCACAUCCUAGCUAUAGACCACACUUCACCUGAUCACACAAAAUUCUUUACCUCUGUCACCGAUCCUUUUCCUACUCAAAGCGCCGCCGCAUUCUUUCUUCUGUCGCCACCGUUUCCGGCCAUAAAAAUCAUCCCCAUCGCGCGCUGUUCCUUUCUGUCCGAUAAUUUUUCGUAACGGAGCACCGCCCACUGCCUCCGUGAACUAGCACUAUUCCGUGACUAUCUAGCUGCAGGAAUGGUUGGUUUAUCUCUAGGAGAACAAUUUUUCAUACAAGGUGGCAUUGCUCAAGAUCUUCGCUGUGAUGGUAGAAAAAGAUUGAGUUAUCGACCUAUCUAUGUUCAAACUGGAGUCAUUCCUCAGGCAAAUGGUUCAGCAAAAGUCAGAAUUGGUGACACAGAAGUCAUUGCCAGUGUGAAGGCUGAACUUGGAAAACCAAGCUUAAUGCAACCUGAUAAAGGGAAAGUCUCCAUACAUAUUGAUUGUAGUUCCACUGCAGAGCCAGCUUUUGAGGGUAGAGGGGCUGAUUGGUUGUCAGCAGACCUGUCAAAUGCUCUUCAACGCUGUCUCUUGGGUGCUAAAAGUGGAGCAGGUGCUGGAAUUGAUUGCUCCUCACUUGUUGUUGUCCAAGGGAAAAUUUGUUGGGAUCUUUAUAUUGAUGGGCUUGUUGUUAGUUCAGAUGGAAAUUUGUUAGAUGCUCUAGGUGCUGCCAUCAAGGCUGCUUUGAGCAACACCGGUAUUCCGAAAGUUCAAAUUGCUGCUGGUGCAUCAAGUGAUGAGAAACCAGAAGUUGAAGUAAGUGACGAGGAGUUUCUGCAGUUUGACACAUCUGGAGUCCCUGUUAUAGUUACAUUGACUAAGGUUGGGAAGCACUAUAUUGUGGAUGCCACAUCUGAAGAAGAAUCACAAAUGAGCUCUGCCGUUUCUAUCUCUAUUAAUAGACAAGGGUACAUAUGUGGUGUAACCAAACGAGGAGGCAUGGGGCUCGAUCCAAGUGUCAUUCUUGAUAUGGUAUCCGUGGCUAAGCUUGUAAGCGAGCAGUUAAUAAACAAAUUGGAUUCAGAAAUAGCUUCUGCUGAAGCUGAAGAUGAGUCAUAACAUAAGAAUUUUCAACUUAGUGAUCACUAGGAUGUGUUGUACACUAAUUUUUAAGUGGUUGACUUGGACACUUUUUGUAGUUUGGUAGCUCGUGUUAAGUAGGAUUGUAUGUCAUUAACUUUUGUCUUUUGAGUUGUGCAGACUGAACUUUAGCUUUGAGGUGGUUGUUUGAUAUCAUGUAAUAUUUUAAGCUGGGGCUGCCGUAUGAUGCAUUUUUUGGUAGCCACCAACCGGAAUGUCAUGACCAACAUCAAGUGGUUUAAAUCAAAUUUUAAAUCUUUUAUGGCA